UGUGUGUGCGCGCGUGUGUGUAGGGAUGCCAUUUUAGAUAACGCAGAGAAGGCCUCCCUGAAAAGGCACCAGUAAGUAAAAUCCUAAACAAGGGGAGAGGGGGAACGGAGUAUCUGGGGGAGGAGCGUUCUGGGCAGAAGGAAGAGCCAGUGCAAAGGUCCUGCACUGAGGAGGAGCAAGGAAGCCAGUGUAUUGCAGUGGAUCCAGGGCAGAGGAUGAAGGAAGGACCAGGAUGAGGGCAUGGGUGGGAAAAGGAGGUGAGGGGUUAAAUUCUGGGAAUAUUUUGGAAAUGGAAUUGCCGGCCCUGACCAUUAGAAGGAUGAAGGGUGGAAGGCAAAGGCACCCAGUCAUCUCUGGGCUGGGGUUGUGGGCAUUGCAGCCCACAGCUAUGCAGGCGUGACAGCCAAACCGGGUUGAUGGAACCAGUAAAGCCUGGACCCUGGUCUGGCUCUUGGUCUUCUUGGGGGACAUACAGGUUUGGAGAGGGCUGAAGGGGUUCAUUGGCAGCUUUGUACCCUACACACUGCUAUAACAGUAUAGCAUGGUGAUUAAAAGUCCAGACUCUCCAGCCAGGCUGUCUGGUUUCAAGUCAGCUCCAUCACCUAUUUGCUGUGUGCCCUUGGACAAGUGGCUUAGCCUCUCAGAGCCUGGUAAGUACUCUUGAGCACUCUGUGAUGAUAACGACAUGACUGAUGACCAAAGAGGAUGAAAGGAGUCUACAAAAUCAUCCCUCUCAGACAUCCUUUAUUUGCGGCAAACAUAGAGAAGGAGUUAGGUCUGAGACCUCAGAGAGAGAAAAUACUCAUAAUCACCACCACACUAAGACCUCUGCCCUAACUGGCCUGGUUUGCGGGCCUGCGGAAAGGCUAUAUCCCAGGCAUAUGCCCAAAAAAGAACUGUGCUCGCUUUCCCAUCCCUCUCCUUUUGCCCUUGUCUCUGCUUCAUCUCUCUGUUUUUAUGUCUCACAUCUUUUUUCGUGGCCGUCUCUUCUUUCUCCAUCCUCCGCGCCUAUCCCUUUCUCAACGCUGCCUUAAGUCUUUUCUUCAAAGCGAGGAGCCUCCCAGUAUCUCCGCCCCCGCGCCUGGGGGGGGUAGCAUUGCGCAUGCGCCAUCGGCGCCCCUCCCUCUCCACCCCCAUCCCCUCUCGGCGUCUGGGCCUCGUCCCCUUCUGUCUCCCUCUCCUCCCCCAUCACUUCCCCCGACACUGACACCCCAUUACUCCAGUCUCCCCAGUCUCAGCUUUGGUCUCCAGCCCCAUCCGCCCGAGGAUUUGCCUGAAAGCCGCCCCCAACUCUACACCCGCCCCCCGGAGGGCCACUGAAGACCAUGACUAAGACAGAUCCCGCUCCGAUGGCCCCUCCACUCCGGGGGGAGGAAGAAGAAGAGGAGGAGGAUGAGCUGGUCCCCGAGGCCCCCAGCCCCACCCAGGAGCGCCGGCAGAAGCCUGUUGUGCACCCCUCGGCACCUGCCCCCCUCCCCAAGGACUACGCCUUCACAUUCUUCGAUCCCAAUGACCCGGCAUGCCAGGAGAUUCUCUUUGACCCCCAGACCACCAUCCCUGAACUGUUCGCCAUUGUGCGCCAGUGGGUACCCCAAGUCCAACACAAGAUCGAUGUCAUCGGCAAUGAGAUUCUGCGUCGAGGCUGCCACGUGAAUGAUCGUGAUGGGCUGACCGACAUGACACUGCUCCACUAUGCGUGCAAAGCUGGGGCUCACGGAGUUGGGGACCCCGCUGCGGCUGUGCGCCUUUCGCAGCAACUGCUGGCAUUGGGCGCCGAUGUAACACUGCGCAGCCGCUGGACCAACAUGAACGCGCUUCACUACGCUGCCUACUUCGAUGUUCCCGACCUGGUGCGCGUGCUGCUGAAGGGCGCAAGGCCAAGAGUGGUGAACUCCACGUGCAGUGACUUCAACCAUGGCUCAGCCCUGCACAUCGCUGCCUCCAACCUGUGCCUGGGUGCGGCCAAAUGUUUGCUGGAGCAUGGUGCCAACCCAGCGCUGCGGAACCGAAAGGGACAGGUGCCAGCAGAGGUGGUCCCAGACCCCAUGGACAUGUCCCUGGACAAGGCAGAGGCAGCACUGGUGGCCAAGGAGCUGCGAACACUGCUGGAGGAGGCUGUGCCGCUCUCUUGUGCCCUCCCCAAGGUCACGCUACCCAACUAUGACAACGUCCCGGGCAAUCUCAUGCUCAGUGCACUGGGUCUGCGCCUGGGAGACCGCGUGCUGCUGGAUGGCCAGAAGACGGGCACACUUCGGUUCUGCGGGACCACGGAGUUCGCCAGUGGCCAGUGGGUGGGCGUGGAGCUGGAUGAACCCGAGGGCAAGAAUGAUGGCAGUGUUGGGGGUGUCCGUUACUUCAUCUGCCCUCCGAAGCAGGGUCUCUUUGCCUCUGUGUCCAAGAUCUCCAAGGUAGUGGACGCAACCCCUUCAUCGGUCACCUCCACACCUCGGACUCCUCGGAUGGACUUUUCCCGUGUCACUGGCAAAGGCCGCAGGGAACACAAAGGCAAGAAGAAGCCCCCGUCAUCCCCGUCUCUGGGCAGCCUGCAACAGCGGGAAGGAGCCAAGGCUGAGGUUGGAGACCAAGUCCUUGUCGCGGGCCAGAAGCAAGGGACCGUGCGCUUCUAUGGGAAGACAGACUUUGCCCCCGGUUACUGGUAUGGCAUUGAGCUAGACCAGCCCACUGGCAAGCAUGAUGGUUCUGUCUUCGGUGUCCGGUACUUCACCUGUCCCCCACGGCAUGGAGUCUUUGCGCCAGCAUCCCGAAUUCAGAGGAUUGGUGGAUCCACUGACCCCCCUGGGGACAGUAUCGGAGCCAAAAAAGUGCAUCAAGUGACAAUGACACAACCCAAGCGCACUUUCACCACAGUCCGAACCCCAAAGGACAUCGCAUCAGAGAACUCCAUCUCCAGGUUGCUCUUCUGCUGCUGGUUUCCCUGGAUGCUGAGGGCGGAGAUGCAGUCAUAGAGGCCUGGAUACCUGACAGAGAGUCAAAGAGUCCCCUCUAGCAUCUCCUGACACAAGGAGCCCCUGAGUCACCCUGAGAUAGAGAUUCCCAGUAACACAUCCAGAAUAGAGACCCCAUUAGCCAGCCCUCGAUCACUGAGGCCCCAUUAUUAACAGAUUCCCUCAUAAUCCCCAAAUACAGACCCCAUGGUACCCAGAAAGAGAUUCCCUGAGUGUAGCACCUUCAGGCUAGUCCCUGUCCCCAACCCCUCAGAGCAGACCCCCCAAUAACAUGUUUCCACAUCACCUCAAAGGAUGGUGACUUCUACAUAAUGGCUCCAGAGCAGAACAUUCCUGAGUCAUUCAUCACUGGAUCAGAACCCUCCCCCAUUAACAAAGACACCCCCCUCCAUCAAGUCCCCUUGAAAUAAACACAGGUCAUUAUCUCCAGAGCAACAGA